AUGGUGUAUGGGCACGCUCCUGAUGAUUGCGUCAUCAUGGUCAACGUUGGAGGUUUCCGGCAAAGAAUGGAGCACGGCGUUCUCAAACGCUUCCCUCACACUCGCCUGGCACGUCUCCUGUGUUGUAGCUCUGAAGAAGCCAUCCUGGAGCUCUGCGAUGACUUUGUUGCAGCAGAAAUGGAAUACUAUUUUGACCGCAAUCCACUUUUCUUCUGCUACAUCCUCAACUUUUACUUGACGGGCAAAAUGCACCUGGCGGACGGUUGGUGCUUCCUGUCCUUCCGCCAAGAGGUCGAGUAUUGGGGCAUCCAGGAUCACCAUCUGGACUUGUGCUGUUGCAACAAAUUCCAAGAACUCCUUGAUCAGACUGAGGACCUGGGCUGGGAUCAGGGGAGCGUGGACCUCCACGACUCAUCGGUGGAGGAGAAGUCCGAAGUGGAUUUGUUCGACGGCACCUGGUGUGCGGAUGUCCGUCGGAACAUUUGGCUCCACCUUGAGAAUCCGUCGUACUCCGCUUCGGCCAAAGCGAUGGCCGUCACGUCUUUGAGCGUGGUUCUGGUCUCCAUUGCGGCCAUGUGUGUCCACAGCAUGCCAGACAUCCGUCAAGUGGACCACAACAAUAGAGAAACUGAACAUCCGGGGCUUGCCUUCCUCGAAAACCUUUGCGUCUUCUUAUUUUCCGCAGAGUUUCUCCUCCGUCUGGCCGUGGUUCCGUCAGCCAAGAAGUUCUUGUGCAGCCCUCUCAAUGUUAUCGACUUGAUGUCCAUCACUCCUUUCUACGUGACCUUGGCUUGGGAUUUCGGCCCGGUGGCCGAAGAUGACAACUCGGAGUUGGAGAACGUUGGUAAAGCGAUGCAGAUCUUGAGGCUCAUGCGACUGUUCCGCAUUCUCAAACUGGCCCGCCACUCGGCCGGCCUCCGCUCUCUUGGUGCCACGCUGCGACACAGCGGCCGUGAGGUGGGGCUCCUGACGCUUUUCUUAUUUGUGGGAAUCUCCAUGUUCUCUGCCCUCAUGUACUUUGUAGAAAAGGAGGCCCCGGAGUCCGAGCUGCAGACCAUCCCUAUCGGCUGGUGGUGGGCCACCAUCAGCAUGACAACGGUGGGCUAUGGGGACACCUUUCCUGUUACUCUCGCUGGGAAGGUCAUAGCAACGCUCUGCAUUCUCUCUGGGCUGCUUAUUGUGGCUUUGCCCAUCACCAACAUCUUCAAUACGUUCUCGAACUUCUACCAGAAACAAAAGAAAGUAGACGGCUUUUCAAAUCACGAACCAGCGACUUCAUUAUAUGGUUUAAAAUCUUACAGGAAGGACACAACAGCAUCACAAAAUGAAGAUCUCAUACCCCUGAAAGUGGCCCCUGAGCAUUGAGCACAUCCACCCCAAUUUUGAAGUGGGGUUGAUUGACGACACUAAAUUGUUUUUAGAUGUGAGUCUUUGUCUCUAUGUGCCCUGCGAUUGGCUGAAUGACCAUUUCAGGCUGUACCCUGCCUCUCACCCCAAAAAUCAGCUUGGGUAAGCGCCACCAUACCUGUGGCUCUAACGAGGAUAAGUACAGUAGAAGGUGGAUGGAUGUCCUCAAGAGCCAAUACUAACCUCGUCUUUCCUGUCGAGGCCAAAAUCAACAGUGAGGUGCAUUCUGGGACAAUAUGUACACCAUUCCUCUCAUACUUUGUAAAUUGAAUGUUGAAAGAAUGGUUAAUGAAUAAAAUGACUUUCAUGGAACUCAAUUCUUACAUAUUAGCCUAUUUUAGCUUAAUUAAUGAUUAAACCACAAAACAACACUAUUUUGUAUUUAUUUUGUACAAAUAAAGGCCUCCCCGUAAAUACAGGCACUCACUACCAUAGAAGUAAAAAGCUUACGGGUAGUUUACUAAGUUAGCCAAACAGUGGUGAGAGAAUUAAAUGUUGCA